UUGUUUCCACCUGAAUUCACAGUUGGAAGAAUCUGGUCUGUACACGAGAAGGAUUAAAAGCUGCAUGUGUGUGUAAAAGAGAGAGGGUUCUUUAUUUGGGGGGGAAAAAGGUCUCAGUAUCCGUGUGUUCAGAAAAUGUAACAUUAGUAUCCUGGUAAGAGUAGGAUUCCGAAGAUUGCAUUGCCCCCACCCGGUCCCUCUUCCCGUUAAAGUUUGUAAAUCCUUUAAUGUGUGUGCCUCUCUGGAGGUAGUGAAUGGGGAGAGCCCGUUGGCUUUGACAACGAGGCCGCCGUUUAGCGGAGCCCGGAGCGGGGAGGGGACGGGGACGGGGACGGGGACCUCGCCGAGCUCACCCUCCCUUCGACUGACAACGGCGAACCUCCAACAGCAGAGCAGUACUGCCAGCUUUUUGAAUGAGUUCCUUUAGAAGAUGCCGGUCUGGAAGAAGAACAUGCCUUCAUGUCUGCAAGCUGACCAGGAAAGAGGAGGAUGGAAGAACACAGCAAGCUGGGCGGCAUCUGGAGAUGAGGGACCAUACGCCAAAUCUACAAACCCGGCAAAAUCUUCCGAAGGCACCUUGGCAGUUAGAAGACAAAGUAUUCCAGAGGAAUUCAAAGGUCAAACUGUAGUUGAGUUGAUGAAGAAGGAAGGCAGUACCCUGGGGCUCACAGUAUCAGGUGGAGUAGACAAGGAAGGGAAACCAAGGGUGUCCAAUCUUCGGCCUGGAGGAAUUGCUGCGAGAAGUGAUCAGUUAAAUAUUGGAGACUACAUCAAAUCAGUCAAUGGAAUCAAUUUAACAAAAUUCCGGCACGAUGAGAUCAUCAGUCUCCUGAAGAAUGUCGGUGAGAGAGUGGUCCUUGAGGUAGAAUAUGAGCUCCCUCCUGCUUCUACUCAAGGCUCGGGGAUUAUUCUCAAAACUGUGGAAGUAACUUUGCACAAAGAAGGAAAUACCUUUGGAUUUGUGAUUCGAGGAGGAGCACAUGAAGACAGAAAUAGAUCCCGCCCGAUUGUAAUAACCUAUGUCAGAGCUGGAGGACCAGCUGACAGAGAAGGCACAAUAAAAGUUGGCGACAGGCUGUUGAGUGUUGAUGGAAUACGGUUACAUGGAACAACGCAUACAGAAGCUAUGAGCAUUCUCAAACAGUGUGGACAAGAGGCAACAUUAAUAAUCGAAUAUGAUGUGUCUGUCAUGGAUUCAGUAGCAAAUGCUUCAGGCCCACUGAUGGUGGAGGUGGCCAAGACCCCUGGUUCCAGCUUGGGCAUUGCUUUAACUACCUCACUGUAUUGUAACAAGCAAGUCAUAGUCAUAGACAAAAUAAAAGCUGCCAGUAUUGCAGAUAGAUGUGGAGCUUUGCAUGUUGGGGAUCACAUACUUUCGAUUGAUGGCACCAGCAUGGAGUAUUGCACAUUAGCUGAGGCAACUCAGCUUUUAGCCAGUACCUCUGAACAUGUCAAGCUAGAACUGCUUCCUUACCAUCAAACACGACUUGCUUUGAAGGGACCAGAACACGUCAGGGUUCAAAGGAGCAGCAGACAACUUGCCUGGGAUACUUGUGGAAGCAACAGCAGCAACUUGCUCACCUACCAACCCUAUAACACCUACCACCCUGACCAAUGUAGGAUGACGGCCUUGAAAUGCCAGCAACCUUCUUCUCAAAACAGUCUUCCUGCUCUGGUGUCGACAUCAUUCUCUCCUACCUCCAUGAGUGCAUAUAGUCUGAGUUCCCUGAAUACGGGGACCCUACCUCGCAACUUGUAUCCAACAAGCCCACGAGGAACACUGAUGAGAAGGAAAAUGAAGAAGAAAGAUUACAAGAGCUCUUUGUCUUUAGCCUCCAGUACGGUUGGUCCUGCAGGCCAGAUUGUCCAUAGUGAGACAGCAGAAGUAGUCCUGACCAGUGACCCGAUCGUAGGGUUCGGAAUUCAGCUCCAGGGUGGUGUCUUUGCCACAGAGACCUUGUCUUCUCCACCACUGAUUGCAUAUAUUGAACCUGACAGCCCAGCAGAAAGGUGUGGAUUGCUGCAGGUUGGAGACAGAAUUCUGACAAUCAAUGGAAUCCCUACUGAAGAAAGCACCCUGGAGGAAACCAAUCAGCUCCUUCGGGACUGUGCUGGAACCAGCAAAGUCACCCUCGAAAUAGAGUUUGAUGUCGCAGAAUCAGUUGUACCAAGCAGUGGCACAUUUCAUGUGAAGCUACCAAAGAGGAGUGGUGUGGAACUUGGCAUCACCAUCAGCUCACCUGCCAGCAGAAAACCAGGAGAUCCACUCAUCAUUUCAGACAUUAAGAAAGGAAGUGUUGCACACAGAACUGGAACUUUGGAGCUGGGAGACAAGCUGCUUGCUGUAGACAGCAUCCGUUUAGAUAACUGUUCCAUGGAAGACGCAGUUCAGAUCCUUCAUCAGUGCGAGGAACUUGUGAAACUCAAAAUACGCAAAGAUGAAGACAACUCAGAUGAACAAGAGAGCUCUGGGGCAAUCAUUUACACUGUGGAGUUAAAACGUUAUGGUGGUCCAUUAGGAAUUACCAUAUCGGGCACUGAGGAGCCUUUUGACCCAAUUGUCAUCUCGAGCCUAACAAAAGGAGGUUUGGCUGAAAGGACUGGUGCAAUUCAUAUUGGAGACAGAAUCUUGGCUAUAAACAGUAGUAGCCUGAAGGGUAAACCCCUGAGUGAGGCUAUUCAUCUCUUACAGGUGGCAGGAGAGACUGUCACAUUGAAAAUUAAAAAACAGCUUGAUGUAUCCAGUCCUAAAAAAUCAUCAGUUUCUGGUCGGCUGAGUGAAUUGAGUGAUGUGGAAGAUGACAUUCCCACUGUACAGAAGCCUGUCAAGCUCUGUGAGAUGUACUCUGCUACGAUCCCCAGUGUGGAUAGUGCAGUGGAAUCCUGGGAUGGGUCAGGCAUAGACGCAGGCUAUGGAAGUCAAGGUCCUGCUGGAUAUCAAGCCUCUGGCUACAGUCUUCAUGCACAUGAAUGGAGAAGUGCCAAACUAAGUUUCUCACCUGCCAGCAGGUAUCAUAAUAACCCAUAUAAUGAAGCAGCAUUGAGUGAUGAUGAAUGGGAUCAACCUACCACUAGUGGUUAUGUAGGUGGUCAUGACAGCAUAGAAACAGAUCAAGAAGAAAGUUUUUGGUCCCAAGCUCUGGAAGAUUUGGAGACGUGUGGUCAAUCAGGAAUCCUGAGAGAACUGGAGGAACCUAGCUCCUCUUUAAAGAAGGCUGACAACCUAAACCAACUGAAUUUGAAAAACUUGGCUAUAUUGGCAACAAUCAUGUCUGGAAGUGCAAUGAGUCUUAAUCAUGAAAACAGUAUGACACACAGGCCACUGGGAAGACAGUCCAGCUUCCAAGAGAGAAAUCCUGUCAGGGUUCAUUACAGCCAGAAUUCCCGUAGCAACACUCUACCGUCAGAUGGUGGGCGAUCGAAGUUGCUUGCUAUUAGAAAAAUCAAGCAAGAAAUGAAAGAAAUCAUGUCACCAACACCAGUGGAGUUGCACAAGGUAACACUCUAUAAAGAUUCAGAUACUGAAGAUUUUGGAUUCAGUGUUUCAGAUGGCCUGCUUGAGAAAGGAGUGUAUGUCAACCAUAUUCGUCCAAAUGGACCAGCUGCCCUUGGUGGUGUCAAACCCUAUGACAGGUUGUUGCAGGUAAAUCAUAUCCGUACAAGAGAUUUUGACUGCUGUCUGGUGGUGCCUCUCAUAGCAGAUUCUGGUAAUAAACUUGAGCUAGUCAUCAGCAGAAACCCGCUGGCCUGUCAGGAGGUACUCUCUCUAGAUCAGAUGUCCCAAGCAGGAGAAUGGAGCGAGCAAGAUGAAAGUCAUGUUUUCAGGCAACAGAAAGGAAGACUCACUAGUAUGGAUAUACAGGAGAAUACAAAUACAUUGUAGUACAAUGCAUUCAGUCCAAAAGGCUGAAGUAUCUUCUGUACUUUUAAUGGUGCUAACUCACUUUUUUAAAAAAUGUUCAUUUGUGGAACACCUGCCUUUUCAGUCUGUCAUUCAUGUCUCUCACAGGUUCCAAGCACAGAUUUCAUAAAUCAGCAGAAACUUAUUUUUUUGAUAAGACCCCCUCCCUUCAACAUCGCAAAUAACAAAAAAAGCUAGUUAACAGGUUUGACAAAACUGUGAAACAUAACUAAGCCAGUCUAUGCAGGGCACAGCCAUGAAACAAAACCUGUGCACUAUUAUGCCAAGAGUAGUUUAUUUUUUUUCCCUGGUGAUUACUGUCUAAAUUCUGAAAAUAAAAUUAACCUUUUUAUUGAUGUUGCCAGCUGGUUACUGGUCAAAAGAAAAUAUACAUGCUGCAUAAAAUGUAAAAUGAGCCUUUUUAAUUAAAUUGAAAAUCUUGCUUAUAUCCCAAAGCUAGAGAUGCAGCACACAGUCUUAUCCCUAGUUAAAUGUAUAUGUUUAAAAGAAACUGUCUAAACUGCACAGACAACAGUUUAGUUAGUCUUUGCUCAAUUGGUUUCUGACCCAAAGGCUUUGUUCUUGGGGGCUGUUAUCUUUUAACAGAAUUCUCACUUGGAAGCAGUGCGAACCUUACGUGAUUGUUAGCUCCAAUUUCCAGUAAUACUUAAAAUCACAAUGCUCAGAUUGAACAUUGAGAUUUCCUUCUACAAACCGCAAAAAACAUAAGAACAAUAAGCUUGAAAAAAAACACUAUUCCUGUUUUUAAAAAGAAAACAAAUAACCACAGGUGACCUUCUCUUCGUCAGGAAUUUGUGGCCUCAUCUUCUACCAUGGGGAUUCUAAUAUUGCCACCAGGACCGUAACUCUUGCUAUAUACCUGCCAUUUCAGAUUACCAAGUCUUAUUAUUAAUUCAUUAAUCCAAAUAGGUAAUCUUAAAUCUGUUCAUUUGUGUCUUCUACAUGUUAAGAUCCAGCAGUGGGCUGGUAAAUGGUUGAUUAACACAUUUGUAUUUGUAAAUCGGUAACACUGAAGUAUGAACUCUUUGAUGUACAUGAAUUUCAAGGCUGGUUAAAAUGUUAGUAUUGUAGGUGGUUGUGUCUCACUUCAGUGAAUCGAACAAACCAGGUUAGAUGAUGUUAGCUUCCACCAUCUGGUGAAAUCUGGCCAUGAAAACAAGCAAGCAAUGAGAAGAAAUUAGGCUGCUACUCCAGGUUUUCCAACGAAUGGUAAAAAGUCAAAUUGUUUUUAGAUGUCCAAGUGUAGGUUAAGGAAGCAUCUGUACCCUGCUUUGAUCCAUUUAAACUUUGAACCACCUGAAGAAUAGAGUCAUUACGUUAAGUUUUCCAGCCGAACAAUGUGAUUCGUAUUUAAAACAAACACUGCCAACAACUAGACAGCUUGACUCUCGGCAAAAUUGAAUCAAAUCCCUCCCAAUGUCCCUUGGACAAUGUAUUUUUAUUUGUAACAAACAAGUAUUAUAAACUGUAAAGUAUUUUUGUACAAAAUUUCCUACUUUGGUAGCAUGAUAUUUAUCGUCCUCUUAAGGUUUUGGGAAUCUUCACUGCUAAUUUGUAAGGGAUAUGCGAGAUGAAAUAAAACCACGUAAAAGCAUACAUCAUGACUGCAGUAGUUUAGUUUUAAGACUGUAUCCAUAACCCAAAAUGCAAAUACACUACAGGAUACAUUACAACUUGGAGGUGUUCCAAGAUGGAUGUCAAAAUUAAAACACUUAAAAAUGAUCUACGAAAAUAAAAUAAUGAAUGUUCUGUUUUUUAAACCUUAGUAGUUAUUGGUUUCAGUUUGCAGUAAUUGACAAAAUAUGCUUAAAGCUGUGGUCUGAGUCUCAGUUUUACAGAUCAGUGCAAACUGUUGUCCUAAAAAACACUGUUGUUGGAACCUUCAACAUUCUCAACAGCAUAAAAUCUUCACCAUAAAAGCACCUUUAACUUAUUGCA